GACGCCCGGUGAUAAACCGUGCUGACGCUGAGCUGUGUGCCUCUCUAAAAAGAGAGAGAGAGAGAGAGAGAGAGAGAGAGAGAGAGAGAGAGAGAGAGAGAGAGAGAGAAGGAAUCCUAUAAACUUGGGAGCUAAAUACGCAAGUGAUCACUCACCCCUAACAUCCAUGACAUCUCACCGCUACACGCCAGACUAUUCUACCGUUCACAGUGAAAUGGCAAGAAAAACGGACUUCCCUUCCCCUUAUUACGGAGAACCACGGAGGUUUGACCCAACAUUCAGAGGACCAAUUCAAAACAGAAGCUGCACAGACGUGUUUGGCUGUGUGAUCUUUAUCAUCGCCAUCGUCGGAUAUGUUGCACUGGGCACUGUGGCAUGGCUACAUGGUGACCCGAGGAAGGUCAUCUACCCUACAGACAGCUACGGACAGUUCUGUGGGCAGAAGGGCACCCCAAAUGCAAAAAAACCUAUACUGUUCUUCUUCAACAUCCUAAAAUGUGCCAGUCCUGCUGUCCUCAUCAACCUACAGUGCCCGACCACUCAGAUGUGUGUUUCAAAGUGCCCGGACAGAUUUGCCACCUACACAGAUAUGCAGCUGCAAUACCAAAUCACCACAGCCCCCUGGGAAUACUACAAGCAGUUUUGCAAACCAGGCUUUAACAACCCAAUAAAACCUGUUGCACAAGUAUUACUGGAUGAGGACUGUCCAUCAAUGAUUGUGCCUAGCAGACCAUUUCUACAUCGCUGUUUUCCUGACUUUAUCACUUUAAAUGGAACCCUGACAGUGGCCAAAAGAAAACACUUCAAAGACUCCCUUGACACAGCCCAUAGUGUGACUGAACUAAGAGACGCCGCCAACGGUAUCACAGGUCUGGUGGAUGCUAAAGAAGUUGGCAUAAAAAUUGUGGAGGACUACGCUUCCUCAUGGAACUGGAUCUUAAUAGGUCUAGUGAUGGCUCUGGUGAUCAGUCUGAUAUUUAUCCUGCUGCUACGUUUCACUGCUGGACUCCUCCUCUGGUUCACCAUCAUUGCUGUCAUACUGGUGAUCGCGUAUGAAAUAUGGCACUGUUACCUGGAGUUCUCCCUACUGAGACAGCAACCCGGGGCUGAUGUGACCAUCGUAGAUAUUGGCUUCCAGACAGACGUCACGGUUUACCUGCAGCUCAGCCAAACAUGGCUCAUAUUCUUGAUAGCUCUAGGUACCAUAGAGAUCUCCAUACUGAUCAUUCUGGUCUUUCUGAGGAGGAGAGUACGAACAGCCAUCGCUCUACUGAGAGAAGGAAGCAUGGCCAUCAGCUACAUCAUGUCAACUCUCUUCUACCCAAUUGUCACCUUCUUGCUGCUGGCAAUUUGCAUCUCCUAUUUUGUUGUCAUCUCUAUAUUCCUAGCCUCCUCUGGACACGCCAUCUAUAAAGUAAUUGCUGCUGAGCCAAACUGCGGGUACGCGAACAAGACAUGUAUUCCUGAGAUGUUUGACAGGUCCAACAUAUCAAAGGUUUGCCCAGGAGCCCAGUGCACAUUUGCAUUCUAUGGUGGCGAGACUCCCUACCACCGCUACCUUUUUGUCCUCCAGCUGUACAAUGUGCUCAUCUUCCUGUGGCUCGUAAACUUCACCAUCGCCCUCGGACAGUGCACUCUGGCUGGGGCCUUUGCCUCCUACUACUGGGCCCGCAGGAAACCCCAGGACAUCCCCCCCUGUCCUUUGUUCUCUUCAUUUAGCAGGGCCAUACGGUUUCAUACAGGUUCACUAGCAUUUGGUUCUCUAAUCCUGGCCAUGGUUCAGAUGGCCCAAAUCAUUCUGGAGUAUUUAGAUUCAAAACUCAAAGGAGCCAACAACAUUGUUGCACGCUUCCUGCUGUGCUGUUUCAAAUGCUGUUUCUGGUGUUUAGAGCGCUUCAUCAAGUUCAUUAACAGAAAUGCUUACAUCAUGAUUGCAAUAUACGGGAAGGGUUUUUGUCCAUCAGCUCGAGAUGCCUUCUACUUAAUGAUGAGAAAUGUAGUCAGGGUGGCAGUGCUGGACAGGGUGACUGAUUUUCUACUAUUCUUGGGAAAAAUGCUAAUAGCAGGGACAGUAGGUGUAAUUGCAUUCUUUUUCUUCACACACAAAAUACCUAUUGUGCAAGAAGAAGUGCCAACUUUACAUUACUAUUUGGUUCCACUACUGACGGUGAUAGCCGGGUCAUAUUUGAUUGCUCAUGGAUUCUUCAGUGUAUAUACUAUGUGUGUGGACACAUUGUUCCUGUGUUUUUGUGAGGACUUGGAGAGGAAUGAUGGCAGCCCCGAGAAGCCCUUCCUCAUGUCUGCUGGGCUGCACAAUAUUCUGAGAAAAACAGACUACCACUGAGGGACAUAACUUCCUCCAAACAUUUAACAGCUUUAAACCUCCAGAUAUUUAGCAUGCUUUAACUCGACAGGGGUAAACUCUGGCUACUUACACUACGCUGUCUAUCAGCUUACAAGGAAUAUCAGUCUGAGAUGGACAAUGUUGCAACUUGAAAGCAAACUUCUUUACUAACAAUGACUGACUUACACAAAAGAUUUGUGAUCAUUAGAAUCAUUACUUACAGAACAGUAUUACCCUUGAAUUUGAGAGGACUUGGCUACUGCCUUACAUCAAUACAAGGAAUUUGCAGGCAGCAAUAUUUUUGGAACAAUGUUGGGUGGUCAGACCUCACUGUGACUUAUGGCUGAUAAUCAAACAAACUUCAAAAUCUCUGGUGCAGAGUGAGACACUUAUUUUCUCAUAACAGAUCAGAGGCUAUGCAUAUCCAACAUGCUGUACAAUAACAUUUACAGUAGAUAUAAAAAGUUUACACACCCCUGUUAAAAUGCCAGGUUCUAGUAAUGUAAAAGAACGAGACAAAGAUAAAUCAUGUCAGAA